AUGGGGAGUUCUAAUAGGAACGAUCCUCAAAUUUUAGAAACCCAAAUACCAAUUAGACAAGAAGAAGAUGCUAAACAAUGUUGGGUGUGUUUUAGUACAGAAACUGAUGACCCUAAUGCUUUAUGGGUCAGGCCUUGCAAAUGCAAAGGAACAGCUAAAUGGGUUCAUCAGUUAUGCUUGCAAAGGUGGGUAGAUGAAAAGCAAAAAGGGAAUUAUUCUGGAAAAGUCUCUUGUCCUCAGUGUAAUACAGAAUAUAUAAUUGUUUAUCCGAAAAUGGGUCCACUAAUUGUGAUAUUAGAUUCAUUCAAUGCAGUCGUUUUUAAAGUAUGUCCGAUAAUUGCUGCAGGAGUAGUUGUUGGUUCAAUAUAUUGGGUUGCAGUUAGUUAUGGAGCAAUAACUGUUAUGCAGAUCAUGGGUCAAGAAAAUGGGUUAGACCUUAUGGAAAAUGCAGAUCCUUUGAUGCUUUUAGUAGGGCUUCCUAUCAUACCAGUUGCCUUAAUAUUAAGCAAAUUAAUUAAUUGGGAAGAUACAGCUUUAACAUUUUUAAGAAGAAAUGCAAGGAAAGUUCCAGUACUUAAGUAUAUUCUACCUUUUUUAACGUGGUACUCUGUUGAAAACAAUGGUCAAAGCCCUGCAGCUGUGCCACCCCUAAAUGAUCCAAUAUCAGCAACAAGAGUUUUAUGUUCAGCCCUUAUACUUCCUACAAUGGCUACAAUUACCGGGGGUUUAUUAUUUCGAUCAGUUCAAUCAAACGUUCAACGAACGUUUUUAGGUGGAAUCGCUUUUCUUACAAUUAAAGGAAUAUUAAAAUUAUAUUACAAACAGCAACAUUAUAUUCGACAGUGCAAGAGAAAAAUAUUAGAUUUUCCAACUGCUUCUUCUCCUAAUUCUACUCCUACAAGACCUACUGCCAGACAAGACAUUAUUGUCGAAACUGGAAAUUCAUAA